AUGACACUGAACGAGAAAAAUCCCCCAGAGAUUGUACCCCCUAUCCCACCAUACUCAGACGACACAAGCUCCGAGAGCAGCGAAAGCUGGGGCAGUCUCCAACGCCGCCUCAACAACCGCCAAAUCCAACUCAUCGCGGCAGGGGGUUCAAUCGGGACCGCGCUCUUCAUCAGCAUCGGCGGUGGUCUCGCAAAAGGCGGUCCUGCCAGUCUAUUGCUUGCCUACACACUCUACUCCGGCGUUCUAGCCCUAGUCAAUAACUCGAUCGCAGAAAUGACCACCUACAUGCCCGUAUCGGGCGGUUUUAUUCGUCUUGCCGGACAUUGGGUGGACGAUGCUCUGGGAUUCAUGGCCGGGUGGAACUUCUUCUUCUAUGAAGCCUUGCUGAUUCCGUUUGAGAUUACCGCGCUGAGCAUGGUUAUGUCCUUCUGGAAUAGUGAGGUUACAAGGCCUGGCCCGACGGCUGGUGUCUGUGCUGCUGUUAUUAUCUGCUAUGCCGCUUUAAAUAUCCUCGCAGUCCGCUUCUACGGGGAGGCCGAGUUCUGGCUCUCCGGAGGCAAGCUCAUCCUAAUUUUCAUCCUCUUCUCCUUCACCUUCAUCACCAUGGUGGGCGGAAAUCCCCAGCACGAGGCAUACGGCUUCCGCCACUGGAAGUCCCCCGGGGCAUUCGUCGAAUUCCACACCAAGGGCGAUCUGGGUCGCUUUGAAGGCUUCCUCGCCGCUCUAUGGAGCGCCUGCUUCACGGUCGUAGGACCGGAGUAUAUUUCAAUGGUAGCCGCCGAGGCCGAACGUCCAAGCGUGUACAUCAAAGCGGCCUUCAAAACAGUGUACUACCGAUUUUGCAUAUUCUUCGUCGUCGGAGCCCUCGCAGUCGGAAUAGUCGUCGCGUCUAACGAUCCCGCUCUUGUCGACCUUUACUUUGGAAGCGGUGGUGGCGACGGCACAGCGGCGGCUUCACCAUACGUGAUAGCGAUGAAGAACCUUGGCGUCAGCGUGCUACCCCAUAUUGUGAAUGCGCUGAUCUUUACUUCGAUCUUCUCUGCCGGAAAUACCUACACUUACUGUGCGACACGAUCGCUCUACGGUCUGGCGCUCGCGGGCCGCGCCCCUAGGCUCCUCCGCUACUGUAACAAGCAAGGCGUGCCGAUCUACUGCUUCUGCAUCGUGAUGUUGUUCCCGUUUCUCUCGUUCCUCCAGGUCGGCAGCGAUUCAGCGACGGUGCUAACCUGGCUCGUGAAUCUCAUCACUGGCGGGGGUCUGGUCAACUUCCUGAUCAUGUCCAUCACGUUCGUGCACUACUACCGCGCGUGUCAGGCGCAGGGCGUCGACCGGAAAAAGAUGCCGUACUACGGAUUUUUCCAGCCCUACGCUGCCUACGUGGGGCUUGUAAUACACUCCCUAGUACUUGUUUUCUACGGAUAUAGCGCGUUCACCCCGUGGAGCGUCUCUAAGUUCUUCUCGAACUACACGAUGCAGCUCGUCGCUCCGUGUCUGUUUGCGUUUUGGAAGGUUGUUAAGAGAACGCGCUGGAUUAGACCUCACGAGGUGGAUCUUCUCUGGGAGAGGCCGGCGAUUGAUGCCUACGAGGAGUCUAUCAUCACCCCACCGGUAGGGUUCUGGGCUGAAAUGGGUCGUAUGGUCGGAUUUCGACGCAGGACGCCCCGCUCAACGCUCGAAUGA